AUGGAGUCAAGGAGGCAGGACUUCUCGUCCGUCCAGGAAUCCACGCAAAAGUCACUUGUCUCUGUCGUCAAGACGGUCAACCGCAUCGCCGCCGAAGAUCUCAAUUUCCAACGCACCGUCAACCCGGCCGUCGCCCAGCAGCUCGACGACGCGUCGGCGCGUUUUCUCUCGAUAUCUUCACGCCUGCUCAAGUCUGCCGCCGACGCCUGUGGUCUCUCGGCCCCCACGCUCGAGGAUAGCGACGAUAUCGAUCUCGAGUGGCGCUCUGUCGUGGACGUCGUCGACACGGUCCUGGAAAAAGCCGACACAGCUCUCGACGAGUACACCGGUCUGAUCAAGCGCAAGGAUCCCCCCACCGCCGACUCAGCAAACGGCCCCGACGCGAAAAAGGCCAAGCCAGUCUCCAAGGUGGUGCGCAACGCCAACAUCACCAAGCCGCAGACUCACUUCGAGGUCCAGCCGGACAAUUUCCCCACCGGACCGUGGAGGCCCAUCAUCACAGACAAGCCGCAUGCCACUGUCUCCCUCGAUGACAGUCUUGUUAUUGCUCCCAACGCAAGCGGAUCUCCCCAAUACAAGCAUCCCUACGAGACGGAAAUCACAAUCAUGGACUACCCCAAACACGUAUUUCAAAAAGCCGAAGCCAUACCCUUCCAACCCAUGGACAAGUCCGAACCUACCUUUGUCGACACCUACGAGGGCGUGCUAGACAUGCUCGAGCACCUAAAGAAGUCCAAGGAGAUUGCCGUCGACCUCGAACAUCACGACUUCCGCACCUAUACCGGCCUCGUCUGCCUCAUGCAGGUAAGCACGCGCGAGCAGGAUUGGAUCGUCGACACCCUCCGACCCUGGCGUCACAAGCUCCAGGUCCUCAACCAGGUUUUUGCCGAUCCUAGUAUCAUCAAGGUAUUCCACGGCGCCUACAUGGACAUGAUCUGGCUGCAGCGCGACCUCGGCCUCUACGUCAACGGCCUGUUCGACACAUACUUCGCCUGCGAGAUGCUGGCUUACCCUGGCCGCAGUCUAGCCUACCUCCUAUCCGCCUUUGCCGGCUUCACCGCUGACAAGCAAUACCAAUUGGCCGACUGGAGGAUGCGGCCCAUCCCCAAGGAGAUGAUGUACUACGCCCGAUCCGACACACACUACCUCUUGUACAUCUACGACCGCGUCCGCAACGACCUCGUCGCCUCGUCGGACAGAUCAGAUCCCGAGACAGACCUGAUACGGCGCGCGCUAGAGAAGUCCAGGGAGGUGUCGCUCUACCGCCACGAGCACGCCGAGUGCAACGCCAAGACGGGCGAGGGCUCCCGAGGCUGGUACAAUUACAUCCUCAAGAAUGGGCAUCUCUCGCUCGACGCCGACCAGUUUGCCGUCUUCCGCGCCCUGUGGCAGUGGAGGGACGUGACGGCCAGGGAGGAGGAUGAGAACCCCAACUUCGUCCUCAGCUCCAACACCAUUGUGCAAAUCGCCCGCGUCAACCCGCCAGACAUCAAGGCUCUACACAGCAUGCUGCCGCUCAGCUCACCCUUAGCACGGCCACGCCUCAACAAGAUCUGGGAGCAGGUGCAGGCCACAAAGGCCGAGGGCGGACCCACACUCCUGCACUUCCUCACGACACAGGCGCCCGAGUCUCUCCGCAGGAACGGCGGGUCCAGGAUGGCCAAAAAGGUGUCUGCCGCUGCCACCCUACCAAAGGUGGAGGAGGACGACGGGGCGGGUGGUUCCGUGCCGAGGCUGACCCAGUCUCAGCUGUUUGGGAGCAUGCCCAUCAGUUCGCGGUGGGAGGAGUCCAAGAAGCUGCAGCGUCAAGACGACAACAUUCCGUUCCCGUGGCAGCGCUUCGUGCAGGACAUGGCCAAUGAAGUGGAUGCGGCGGCACCAGAGGCAGGAGCGGGGCACGAGACAGAGAAGUCUGCCGCCGCCGCCGCCGCCGCCGCCGCAGCUGCUGCCGAGAUUCCAGAGGAGGAAGAUGUCGACGAGGAAUUUACCCUGAAGCGAGGCAAGAAGCGCAAGGCACCCACCCAGGAAAAAGAUGACGACGACGACGACGACGACGACACGAGCUCGGAAGGGGAAGGAUCAACAGAGGAGGAAGCUGACAACAGCGGCAUCCUCUCCCUUGACGGCUCCAAGUCCGAGUCUAAGAAGAGCAGGGCCAGGGCCAGCGGCGCCAAUAAAAAAGUUCGCAAGGAGGAGAGGCGUCAAACCCUUCUCCAACAGCAGCAAGACAAGAAGGCCAUCAAGGAGAAGCGCAAGGAGAUGAAAGCCCAGCGCAAGAAGGAGAAAGAGGGCAACAGGGAGCACGCCGAGGCCAGCAAAACCCAGGCUCAGGCUCAAGAACAAGGUCAAGGGCAACAAAAGUAUGCGGCCGUGCCGUUUGAUUAUAGCAAGGCUGCCUCGGUCAUGGAUGCGGAUCGCAAUUCGCAGUCCAACGAGCAGAAGAGGAAGAAGGACAAGGCGCGUGUGUUUGACCCGUACGUCAAGUCUGUUGAGGACGGCGUCAAGGCGGCGAGGAAGGCUCCUCCCAUACGUGGAGAGAGGAGCGCUACGUUUAAGAAGUAG